GCAUCUUUGGCUAAAGGGACGGCUGUUUGCGGGAUGCUGUUUGCCAUUGUUCAAUUUAUCAACGAGGAUGAUCUGCCAUUUGCAGUGGUUCCGCAAGUGUGGCUCAGCAAUGACAUGUGCUAUUGGCCCCCAUUUGACCUCCGCAAAAAAGACAAGGGAAACAAUUUAGCCAUCCGCUGUACGUCUCCACACAGCACCUGGGAGAAACAUCAUUUUAAGUUUAUGAAGGGAGCAGAAUCUUGGCAAGAGGCAAUGAGAUAUUUGGUGCGCUUCCAAACAGGUUCCAGCGUUGAAACGACGGAUGAUGACAAGAAGGGAAAGCGAAAGAGAAGCUUAACUUCCAAGUACAGACCCCAGGCCUCUUCUGAUGAAGAGGAGUCUUGUCUUCCAGAUGCACCAGCAGUGCUGUCGUUUCAGCAACCUCUUUUGAGCUUUGAAAACCUUGUUCCCAGUAACAAGGUUUCAGUGCUGCCCGAUGCUCCAGAGGUUGCAUCGAUUCCAGAAAACCAGGAAAAUGUUGAGCCAUCUGUAGAUUUCAGAGCUGAACCAGGUUUCUCCCCAGUAAUCCAGACUCCACUUCACAGAGCCAAGAGUUUGAGUACAAGACACUUGACGGGUUACUCACCGCAGCAGUUUGUGGAUGAAAGGUGUCGAGCUCGUCAAGUACUAAGCUUUACACCCCCAGCAGCACAUUUACCCUGGCAGCAUAUGGGUGAAAACGCUGGAGGUAUGUAA